UUAUAAUGCGUUAAAGGUUGCUAUAGAAAAUGAGGACAUGAGGAGUUUAGAUCCUCUCAAGGACAAAAACUUCUCAUAAAUGUAUAAGGGACAUACUCCAGAGGGCUACAAUUGGUGUGAAGAUCUUUGGGAAGAUGGAGCCUCUGGUGGUUUCCUCACUGCUUGGGAACAGUAGUAAUGACUCUGGAUCUUGCCUGGGGGAGACCAAGCACGUGUCCAUUGCCUGUCUCCUGAGCCUGGUCUUCUUCUUGGGCUUCCUCCUCAACAUGUUCAGCCUUUGGGUGUUCUGCUGCCGGUUGCCCAGCUGGACCUCUGGAACCACGCUGCAGUUCCACCUGGCUGUCAGCGAUGCGAUCGCCAUCGCUGCCACUCCCAUGAUGGCGGCGUACUUUGCUAUGGGCAACGACUGGCCCUUUGGUCGGUUCCUGUGCCAAGUCAAGAUCGCCCUGCUUAGUUUGCAUUUCUACGGCAGCAUCAUGUUCCUCACUCUCAUCAGCAUCCAUCGGUACACAGCCGUGGUGCACGUCAACAGAAGCUCCUACAUGAAACGGAAGGACUUUGUCAGGAAGCUGUGUGCGGGAGUUUGGUCUCUGCUACUGAUCCAGGCUCUGAUCUACGCUUUCAUGCUUCCUCCAAGUAAAGAGGGCAGUCACAACCAUUGCCUCUCCAUCCAUCAAAAGAAGCUGACAGACACCUACUUCAUCAUCAACUUCAUCCUGUUCAUCAUUUGGUUUCUACUCCCGUUCUUUGUGUUGACUGCUUGCUAUGGCCGUCUGGCGAACACCUUAACCCGCCUCAACAUUAGCAGAGCUAAUGGUCUGAGAGUCAAGGAGAAGUCUCAGAGGAUGAUAGGCAUGUGUCUGUUCAUAUUUGGGCUGUGUUUCCUACCUCUGAACGUGGUACGAACCGUGGGAGUGGUACUAAAAAAAUAUUACCCAGGACAAUGCCACGUUCUCAUGCAGCUCGAGACGGCGUACUAUGCAUCCUGGAUUUUAGCGGGACCGAACAGCUGCCUGGAUCCGCUGUUGUACUGUUUCGGUUCACAAAAGUUUCGAGACACAUUCCAGUCUCUCAGGAUUCGACAGGGAGACGGUCCAAACAGAAGCGAUUCAGAAAUGAGUGCAAAUCAGUAAAGCAGAGUCAGAGUCACAGGCACUUUCACACUGGGGGCCCAGGAUUCAACGUUUGUGGACAGACUGUGAUCGGACUGGGUGACAGUGCGCUCUCCCUUAAAAACUAUAAAAAACUGAAUUCUUAGUUUGUUGACAGUGCAAGUCUUCCCUGCAGGUUUUACAGACCUCAAUUUGACGAGCUCAGCAUAGUGUGGCAUUACUCCCACCAUACACCCAUCUCUUAUUAAUCUACAGUCAAACAUCUUAGGGUGACAACAUACUGUAUCUCUUCUAUGUAGAGGUAUGUCUUUUUCAGACUGGAAGAGAGACUUUAAGAGAUUAGUUUGACAUUUAGUGAAAUACGCUUUGAUGCCAAGAACUGAUACCCCAUUAAUGUCUAUAUGGUAAAUAUGAGGCUGUAGCCAGCAGCCUAAAGUGUAGCAUUAAGACUGGAAGUGGGAGGAAACAACUACGACAGAUAACAAAAUCCAUCAGUCAGCACAUCCAGAGCUCUCUAAUUAACAUGUUAUAUCUGAUUUGUUGAAUCCAUACAAAUACAGAACCUUAGCGCAGUCACUUUGGGCUAACCUAAGAAGCCAAAGAAGCGGUUGCCCCCUUGUCUAUCCUCACUCUCAGCAUGAAAGCAAAUAAGCAUAUUUUCCCAAAUAUUGAAUUACUCCUUUAAGUCCUGAACUUGGCUGAAAAAAACCUUUGGGGCUGCCAAAUUUGACACCCAACCCCAACCUUAGACCCAAGGCUCUAUUUUUGCUGUUUCAUCCUUUGCUGAUGCUUCUUAGCAUGAAGCUUCCCACUGGGCAUUGCCUACUAUCUGGGGCGGCUGUGGCUCAGGAGGUGGAGCGCUCAUCCACUUAUCAGAAGGGCGGUGGCCUCUGCAGUCUAUAUGUCGAUGCUCAACCCCUGAUGCUGUGCCAUCGGUGUGUGAGUGUGUGAAAACUUAAAAAGCUCGGAAUGAGCAGGUGGCCUAGCCACCAUCGUAUGGAUGUGCGUGUGAAUGGGUGAAUGCAGACUUGUGCUAUAAAGAAGUGCUUUGAGUGGUCGUCAGGCUAUAUGUCAAUACACUCCAUUUACCAUCUAUCUUGCAGCACAUGAUAUGCAUGGAUGCAGGUGUUUAGUACAGUCAAAGAAAAAGAGAGACAUUUCAGAAUGAAUGACAUAUGAAAAUAACUGAAUCUGAACUGGAAGCUUAAGGCAGCAAAACACCCUGAACCUGACACACAACCGGAGACUUUGUAAGAACCAUGUGGGUUUGGUCCCUUCGCUGAUAACAUCAGAUAAUUAAAGGUCAGUUUGCUGUUUCCAAAAUUUUACUUCACCUGUGGAUUUAAGCUCCUUUCAAAUUACUCGCAUUUAAGUAGCUGUAUGAACUGCAUAAUAAAACUGCAAAUUGGAUGUUACAGAGUGCUUAAAUAAAGUGAAUACAAACUCUUCAGACUGUAAGGUAUGUAGUGCAGCAGAGCUUCUAUAGCGUUCAUCAAACCCUGAUCCU